AUGUGGCAGAAUAUCCGAAUUGGAAAGGUGGAGGAUGAAGAAUUGAAUGAAGGUGUUUUCUUGACAUGGAAUGACUUGUGUGUGUCUGUUUCCAUUAGUAGAAUUGGAAGCAAAAACAUAAUUGAAGGUGUCACUGGCUAUGCUCGACCUAGUGAACUAUUGGCUGUAAUGGGUCCUUCUGGCUCUGGCAAAUCUACACUUCUCGACGCGUUAGCUGGGAGACUGGAUUUCAGCACGAGACAGAGUGGGGAUAUUCUAAUCAAUGGUCACAAGCAAAAACUUUCUUAUGGAACUUCUGCAUAUGUGACUCAAGAUGAAACUCUGAUAGCAACGCUAACAGUUAAAGAAGCUGUUUAUUACUCCGCGCAACUACAACUUCCAGAUUCAAUGUCAAAAUCAGAGAAAAUACAAAUAGCAGAACAAACUAUAAAGGAUAUGGGGUUGCAAGAUGUAAUGAACACGAGAAUUGGAGGAUUUGGUAAUAAAGGAAUUAGCGGAGGAGAAAAGAGGAGACUCAGUAUUUGCAUUGAAAUUCUAACGAGACCAAAACUUCUUUUCCUUGAUGAACCAACCAGUGGCCUAGACAGCGCUGCAUCGUAUUAUGUGAUGAGAGGAAUUUCACGCCAAAGAGGCGGAAGAACCAUUAUUGCAUCGAUUCAUCAGCCAAGUGCUGAAGUUUUCAGUCUCUUUCACAGUUUGUGCAUUUUGUCUUCAGGAAGAACUGUGUAUUUUGGACCCGCGAAUGCAGCAAUUGAGUUUUUCAGGACAAAUGGUUUCCCUUGCCCACUUCUUCAGAAUCCGUCUGAUCAUUUUCUUAAAACAAUAAACAAGGAUUUUGACGAGGAUAUCGAACAUGGUUUAGCUGGAAGAAUGCCAACAGAAGAAGUGGUAGAUUUUCUCAUAAAUUCAUAUAAAUCAUCCGAGGAAUACGAUAAAGUUCAGAAUCAGGUUGCAGAAAUAUGUCAACAGGGAGGUGAAAUAUUGGAAAAAAGAAGUCAUGCAAAUUUUAUCACGCAAAGCCUUGUUUUGACAAGGAGAUCAUCUGUGAACAUGUUUCGUGAUCUUGGCUACUACUGGAUGCGAUCUGUGUCUUAUGUCAUCCUUGCUUUAGGUCUUGGCACUAUCUACUAUAACGUUGACUUAAGUUAUCGUUCAAUCGAGGAAAGAGGUCUAAUGGUGGCUUUCGUUGUUUCAUUCAUGACAUUCAUGACAGUCGGUGGAUUCCCUUCAUUUGUGGAGGACAUGAAGGUAUUUCAAAGAGAAAACUUGAACGGACACUAUGGUUCUUCUGCUUUUGUGAUUGGCAACACCGUUUCCUCCAUGCCCUAUUUGUUAUUGAUUUCACUAGUUCCAGGUUCCAUUGCCUAUUUCCUCACUGGAUUUCAACCUGGAUUCGAGCAUUUCAUCUACUUUGCUCUAGUCCUCUUCAUUAGUAUGAUGAUAGUCGAGAGCCUAAUGACUAACGUUGCAGCUAUCGUGCCUAAUUUCCUCAUGGGCAUUGUAGUAGGUGCAGGAAUACAAGGAUUGAUGAUAUUAAGCGGCGGUUUUUUCCAGAUACCUAACGAGUUACCUAAAAUUAUUUGGAAGUACCCGUUAUACUACAUUUCGUUUCACAGGUAUGCUUACCAAGGCAUGUUUAAGAAUGAAUUUGAAGGAUUAUUUUUUACAGCUAAUGUCAAUGGAAUCAAUGUUACUAUUAGCGGAGAAGACGUAUUGAGAGAAAAAUGGCAAGUAGAAAUGGGCUACUCAAAAUGGGUAGAUCUUGCUAUUUUGGUAGUUAUAUUGAUUUUGUACCGUAUGGUAUUCUUCUUGAUUGUUAAAACGAAUGAAAAAUUUGUGCACGCAAGGAAAACAUCCACAUCAGUUUUAUCAAAGAAAAGUAGGCAAAUCAUGGCCAAGUCCCUACCUGCCUCACCUCUCCAUGUUGACAUUCUCACCAACAGUAGUUGA